AUAAAAUCGCAUAAUAAUCUUGGAUUGAGCUUUUAUGCAACGCUGUGGUAGUUCAUUAUAACCGCAAAAAACGAAAAAGUCAACAGCGCCCCACACCCACAAAUCCCUGCAGCGCAGAACAGCUGAGGAAAAAAAUAGUUUCAUCAUUGGAGCUUUGAACACAUUUGCAAAUCAGUGUUUUCUUUGUUCAUACAGUCGUGAAAUUUCUUGCGCUCGCUAGCCUAUUCAGGGUUUGGUGUUUUAUUCCGUUGAAACAUUGCGGAACAAGUGUAAUGAGCAGAAGUCCCAACUGGGCCGAGCUUCCGGCCCUUGUUAUCACUAAUUUGUUCCAGUACUUGAACUACCACGAUCGACUGCAGGCCUCGUCGGUAUGUUGUCAUUGGCGAUCGGCUAUCUUCCAACCAAGGUUUUUCAAGGAUAUACAUUUCGAUGUAGCAAGAGAGAACAACAGGAAGAACAGUUUCUUCCUACAGUCAUUGGCCCAUAUAGUCAACGAAGCAAGAAUCUCCUUCGACUCUUGCAAUCUCUACGAUGUCGAACUAACGACCGAAAUUCUCUACAAAUUAAGUAAAAGUUCUUGUCUGGUCAGUUUGAUCUUACGUCCAAAAUAUGCUACCUUGGUCACGCCAGGGCGUUUUUAUUCCGAAGAAGAGUGGAAUUAUAUUUAUAAGCUGUUCGUUGAACCCAUUAAGACUUUACUUAGUCGCCAAAGUCCCCCGCUCAAGGUGCUAGAUUUAGGAUGUUCGGAAAUUUUAGCACUGCAUGCCACUGAUUUUUUAAACAGUUGCCCUCGACCUCAGUUCUUGCAGCAGCUGGACUUUGCCUCCGUAAAGCAAGAUCCUAGCCAUUACGCGCUGAGCAUGAUCGAGCCGAAUCUAUUCGAAAAGUGCAACGCUCUGCAGCACAUCUCGCUCGAUUACGACAUUCUGUGUGACGAUUUUUUGCAAACGCUGCAGCUAUUGCCACUGCGACGGUUGGUGGUUCACGUCCACGGCGUGGACGAGGAUCAUCCCGGAAUCUCAGAAGCAGCCUGGGCCAGCUUCAGUGUAACCAACCCGCACGUUGAGCUGCAUUUGACGCUGGUGUGCGCUUACGAAGCGGUCGAUAUAUUGCACAGUCACAUUCUGCGCCCGUCGAUGCCGUUGUCCCAUCUGAAGGUUCUUUUCUGCGAUAGGAUCAAUUUUGACGCAUUGGAAUAUUUGUCUCGCUUUUACAAGGAAACAUUGAAGAGCAUGAUUUGGGUUGAUUCCAUGCGCAUUCAGGAGUAUCGCAACAUUAUGGAACUGGUGGUAAGAACCGGCCAAGACCCGCUGGUUAUGAUGGCUUGGCGCUGUAAGAAACUGGAGGAAAUCGUUAUUCACGGUUAUGUGCUCGAUCCACAUAAUCUGGUAGGAAUAUCGCGUCUCCGAGGAAAAGAAUUAAAGGUGCUGGAGGUGUCUCGAAUUGAUCUGUCAAUGCCGUCGGUAAUGAUGGCUCCAUUUAUUGAGGAAAUCAGCACGCAGCUUGGCCAGAAGUGGGCUCCACUGGAUCCCAAAACGCUUCCAGCUGCACUUGGGUUCUAUCCGGUUUCUGACGACGUGCGCGAUCAGUACAUCUUGCGAUACAUACGCAACGGAGUCAUGCCUUGAACGUGUAAGUAGCCCCUGCUCGUAUAGACACAGAUUUAGAACAGUAAGUAAAAACAGGUAAAACAUUCGGAAAGCAGCUCAAAGCAGAUCGCCGAGGUAAAACACUUGCUUGAAACCUAUUUUAGCAAAAACAAGCAGACGCACGUAUUCAUUCAAGAAAACGUAGAGAAAAAAGUUAAUAUUUAAUGUAUUUUAGUGCAUUAGCGUAACAGCGAAAUAACCACCCGUCAAAGCUCAGAACAGAUCAGUCGAAGGCAAAUCAAUAACUACUUACCAAACGGACGGGGUUGCAUUUUUCCCUUUUGUCCAGCAAAAUGAAAGGUUAACCAUGCCUACACACAUUCGAGAUUAGUGGCAAUUUUCAACCGAAUUCAACUAUGUUUUAUUAACAUAGACAUACAUAAACAGGAGGCGCUAUAUUUUGAUAUUAGAGAUAAUAAUUUCAAGCAAGACGAGAAUGAGGGCACAUAUUCCACUUAGUCCAGCCAGAGUAGUACGCGAACGAGCCAGCGAGCAAGCAAAUCCCAAUCUAGAACAACUUUUUUAGAGCAAAGUGAGAUUUACUAGCGGAAUACAAGAAUACGAAAAGUACGACCCAUCUAGGUAAGGUACUGUGUGCGCAGCAGAAGGAAAAACUGUCUCUUUUUUUUAAAGUAACGAAUGCAUGCCACCGCAGCACCCUCGUAAACCGAUAAGAUAAGAAAACAACAACGGAUCUGUGAUUUAUUUUUUUGCGGUUACAUUAUUUAUGUCUUAUAUUUGCGUAUUAUUUGAUGUUUUGCUUACUAUAUGAAUAACCAUACGAACUUAUACAGUCUUAUUUGUUAUCCGUUACAAUAUUUAUUGGAUACUAGGUUUAGAAAGGAAGAGCUAAUCUUGUGAUUGAUAGGGGCAGUUCAGUUGAUCUGAGGUUUGAGUUGAAUUUCAGAACUUAAGAAGAGAUGUUUACUUUAUUUGCCUCGGAAAUCAAUAAUGUACGGCUUGUAACUGAAACUUAAAGAUACCAGCCAGUGGUUGAUAUUAUCCAGUGAAAUGAAAUGAUGUGGCCGCAUGCCCCAUCCUCGAGAAUGGCACAACCUGAAUGGCGAGAACUGCCAAGUAGUCUUGUCUUGCAUCAACCACUGCCUGAUUAUCGAUCGAUUGUCAAAUGCAGCAUUCGCUUAGAGAUCUCUGCGUCGUGAACUGCUAUGAUCCAGUCUCUACUUAUGUUCACUGCACCGGAUUCUAAUCUUCAGGACCUACGAUGACGCCAUAGCCAUUGUCGGUGUGCAAUUGUUUGAUCGAAUUUAAACAGUGGCAGCUCUUCAAAUUAGGCCAGAAAAAGCAAUCAACCCAUCAGCGAUCCAAAUACGCAACCGACUACCGUCCGUGGGUAACGUGCGUUUGUUUCCUUUGAGCCUCUUCCAUUUAUGUAUUUGGUCUUCGACAGCCGAAUACAGUUAAACUUCGUUUUCAUA